UUCCUGUCAAAUGGGUUUCUCAAUCCAGCGGUGGAUGUUAGACUAUGUAACUCCACCGUGCAAAAUAAUCCACGUGUACUAUGCCGAAUUCAUUCGUGGCCUUAUUACCAUCUCUAUGUUCGCCAUUAUGAAUACGUGUACAUUUAUAAGAAUGAACUUUCGAAGAAGAAAGCAGGGAGUCACAGCCUUUGAAACAACGCAGCAGGCCAAAAGAAGGAAUAUGGAAAGAGCAUUUGUACAACAAGUAACAAUACAAGGAGGCAUCUACGUGCUAGAAUUGCUCACAUAUUUCUACUUAUCAGCGUAUUUCCCAGUUGAUUCCACGAACAUCCGAGGCGAUCCAAAUAGAUGGCAGAAUUUUCUACUCACCACAUAUGCGUGGAUAUUAGUGCACACGAUAGAUGGCAUUGUCACACUAGUAUUUAAUCGACAAUUUCGUAAGCCUAUACGGAAGCUCUUCUUCAAGACGAAGUCUACCGCUGUUUCAAAGUCAUCAAGGGCAAUUGGAGGUGAUUUUAACUCGCGAUAACGAUUCCGGCUCCUCCUGGACCAGUCCCUACGGGUCUAUAAAGUGGCAAAAGAAUGAUUUCAGGCACUGAUACUCUAUUUUGAUUUGAUAUGCACAUACGAUUCAAUUUGUUAUUGUUAUUUCUUAUACAAACUUUUUAUGCUGUGAUGUUGCCACAUACGA